AUGAAUGGUUUGCCCUGGCAGCUAAAUCAUUCAAGUCCAAGCGUGAUCCAACAUGCAGCAGCAGCUCAACAGGUGUACGCCGAAAGACGAAAGUUUAUGCGUCAGGCCCCAACCAAUACACAAAUCUCCAUUGUAUUAAGCAGUCAUCCUGACGACGCAGAUAUGCAACUCCAGAUCCGGUUACUAAUAAAAUCUGCACAGUGUGGAUCAUCUCGCUACCUGGAGCAGUGCCCAGAGUUUAUUGAAAUGCCAGUUGUGAGCACAAAUAUCUGCGUAGACCGACUCCGAGUAUGUUAUUUAUGUUUAAAACCGAACCAUCAAGCAAAGAUGUGUCGAUCAAGGCAUGCAUGUGGGCUCCAGUUAUGUGUGGGAAAUCAUCAUUUACUUGUGCACCGGCUGAGCUCUUCCAAGCCGGAAAAUGAACCAGAACCACCUGGGAUUGCAUCAGAAGGUGCACACCAUGGCGUCUCAAAAUCAAAUAUAUCGCUUGCAGUAGUGCCAGUUCGGAUUCUAGGACCGAAAGAGACGUCGCGCUCAACGCCUUUUUUGGACAACUCUGCUAGUACGACCCUGAUCCCCAGUUCAUUUCUACCAAAACUGGGAUUGAAACGUAUACUGGUGUCAUUAAUUAAUAAAACUAUCACUUGGAAGUGUGUUAAUUACCUGCGUCGCAAAGAAUGCAUUAGCACUUCAUUUCCUGGCUACUACCACGUAUCUUAUGACUCCCCUGAUGAUGGAAACUCGAUAUUCGGUGAUCGUGAACUUCAGUUAUCAUCCACUGAACAGCAGGUCGAAAAAUCCAUAGCGGGGGUUAAUUCAGAGGAAUAG